AUGUCGUCUAAAACAUCUGAACCAGAAUUUUCCUUUGAAGCCAUGAGUACCAAAAGCUUCAUUCCAGGUGAACGCUUAAACUCAAGUGAAACAUUAUAUGAGGCUUGUGAAGAUGUAUUCCUCGUCUAUCUUGACUUCGUCGGUGGCUCCUCCAUUUCCAGUUCCGAUUUUUCGCUCUUCAGAACACUGACCAGGAAUUUUGAGACGCGGUUCCUUGAAGAUAUGCGGUUUUUGAAUGUUCUUGAUCCAGAUGAACUGACAAGGGCGACUUCAUACAUCCCUGAAAUAAUCCAGUUUAUCGAGAAGAUUAUUGACAAUGGUUUUGCGUAUUCUACAUCGGAUGGCUCCAUAUAUUUUAACAUCGAUAAAUUCGCAAACGCUGGUAAUCAUUACGCCAAACUAGAGCCCUGGAAUAGACAUAAUAAGCACCUUCAAAGGGAUGGAGAAGGCUCCUUAUCGAAAAACACGACAGCAAAGGCUUCAAAAAACGACUUUGCUCUCUGGAAUGCAUCCCGGGCAGGGGAACCAAGUUGGCCCGGCCCUUGGGGGAAUGGUCGGCCUGGCUGGCAUAUUGAGUGUUCUGCAAUGGCUUCAGCUACACUUGGAAGUCAGAUCGAUAUUCAUUCUGGUGGGAUUGAUCUUGCAUUCCCACAUCAUGAUAAUGAACUUCCCCAGGGUGAGGCGUACUGGGGUGAAACCCAAUGGGUCAAUUACUUCCUCCAUAUGGGCCAUCUCUCUAUUCAUGGCUCAAAAAUGUCUAAAUCCCUCAAAAAUUUCACGGCUAUAGGGGGAGCACUUGCCAAAGGCACCUGGACCUCGAGAAGUGUGAGAAUUGUUUUUCUUCUUGGUAGGUGGCGAGAAGGUAUUGAAAUCACGACAGAUAUGGUUAACGCCGCACGCUCCUGGGAAGCAAAACUGGACAAUUUCUUUUUAAAAGCCAGGAAUAUUGCGGAGGGUGCUAGAUGGGUUACAUCAAUGAUGAACAUCUUUGGGCUAAAUGGGCAUGCUUCACCAGACAAUCCUGACAUCGGGUGGGCCGGCAUUGAUGUUCCCGAAUAUGCAAAGCCAUAUCUGAACACCCUUUCAGCUUUGCGGGAUGCGGUCCGCCGGCUUGCAAAGUCAAAUGCCCAUAUCACGUCUCAAGCUCUCGGUAGUAUUAUAAAUACUAUCGGCUCAAGCGCGGACCUGGGGCAUUCCAUGUCAGAUCUAGCACUCCCAUACGUGGAGGUUUUGAGGAAAUUGAAAGACCAAAUUGCAUCCCUGAUUGCAUCCCUGAACAUAGGUACAACUGAAGUAGACCCAAACCAGCUUUUGAGGUAUUGUGAUCGCAUUAGAGACGUGGAUAUUCUUGACCUCGGUAUCUACCUCGAGGAUGAGGACAGUGGCUGCGCCAUAAUACGCCCAGUCACAAGUGACCUGGUUAAGGCCCUCCAGGCACAAAAUCAACGAAAACUUCAGGCACAGAAGCACAAAGAAGAAGAGGGACGCAAGCAAGCUGAGAAGACGGAAACGGGGAGGCUCAGCCCUUACGAGAUGUUUCGAACUGACGAGUUUACUGCAUGGGAUCAGGACGGCGUGCCAACAAAAGAUUCAGAAGGGAAAGACCUCUCAAAAAACUGUGUAAAGAAGCUGAAGAAGGAUUGGGAGAGGCAAAAGAAGUUGCAUGAGGCAUGGAUGCCUGUUAUGUUGAUGAUAACAUUCUUCAACGUUUCAACAGCACAAUCGCUGAGCGGACGGGAAGCUCUGUUUUCCACUUCCUGUGAUCGUAUGUGCUUGUUUUCUAUUGUGACAGGCUUAUAUAGUCUAUAUGGUUUCACUGGGCUUCAUCGCUUCUCGCUCUUCAGCGUUAUCCUUGGCCGUGCCUUUCUGGAAUUUGCGCAAGCAAGCUCAGCUUCGAAACCUACCCACGAGCUUUUUUCAUAUACAUCAGGACGAUUUUUAUACAAUGAAGACGCACGAUUGCGAGAAAGAUAUGUCGAAUUUGACGUGACUGCCCUUAAAGAGGCAGUGACCAAGCAUACCGGUGCUAAAGUUACCAAUCUCGCGAAGCUCGGCGAGGGCGGUUUCAACAGAGUUCUCAAUGCGACACUUGAAAACGGACUGCAGUUGGUUGUCAAGAUUCCGUAUCCUCUCUCGGUACCAAGAAAGUAUGCCACUGCCAGCGAAGUUGCAACACUUACAUUUCUUCGCUCAAAGGGGAUACCUGUCCCGAAAGUAUAUGGAUGGUCAGCAACCAACGAAAAUGCAGUUGGAGCUGAGUAUGUUAUAAUGGAGCUUGCAUCAGGUAUAGGCCUUGAUACCAGAUGGUUCAGUAUGACGAAGAAACAACAACAAACUGUGGCACUGGGGAUUGUUGGCAUAGAAAAGACCCUAUUCGAUAUUCCCUUUGGUUCCAUUGGAAGUCUAUAUUUCAAAGAAGACCUACCUCUCGAACUACAGCAUAAUCUCUAUCUUCCUGGGGCCUCGGACCCUGAUGGAGAUUGCAAUACCUUUUGCAUUGGGCCAAUUGCGGAUUACAUGUUUUGGUACGGCAAACGUUCAGAGUUGAAAUUAGACCGCGGCCCUUGGAGUGACCCGUGCCAAUAUCUCAGAGCAAUUGGGAAUCGUGAGCUAGGAUGGACGAAAAAAUAUGGAAAACCUCUUGAAAAGGAGUUCCCUUACAACACGCUUCUUCCUGGAACCAUCCCUCAUGAGCAUUAUGCUGCAUUGCUUGAAAAAUACUUGGCAAUUGCUCCUUUUCUUCUUCCCAAGGAUCCGCUAGACCCCGGUAAUCAACCGACGAUUCGACACCCAGGUAUCGCAGAUCUCACACCUGCUAAUGUUUUUGUUUCCCCCGACACAUUUGACAUUACUUCCAUCAUUGACUGGCAACACACAACUGUCACUCCGCUCUUGCUUGCUGCUGGGCAUCCAAUGAUGUUUGAAAAUCCAGAUGUAGAACCUCCAGAAACGCUGGAAGCGCCAAAGCCUCCAGAGGGAUAUGAUACUCUUGACAUUGAAACAAAAAGCCAGGUUGAUGAGCUCCUCAGGCGACGUUAUCUUUAUUACCUAUAUCGCGUUUUCAACGGAGCUCGGAAUAAAAGCCAUCUCUCUGCCUUUUAUGACCCUGUAUUACAACCUCGACAGCAUCUUGUUGACUACGCCGGUCGCCAAUGGAGUGGAAACAUCAUAACUCUGCGGGGUGCCUUGAUGCGGAUGUGCGGAUAUUGGCCUCUUUUAUCAACCAAGGAGGAAUGCCCUAUCUCUUUCACUGAUGCAGAAUUAAAAAAGCACUCUGAGGAUGAGCCAAUGUGGUUUGACUUGACUGCCCUGGUAAACUAUUGGCGUGAUGAGCUCGGUGGGCUUAGUGAGGAGGGAUGGAUAAAGUCAGAAAUGUUCGAUCACGCCGUGAAAAGGAAUAAGGAGCUUCAGGAAAAAUUCAUCAAUGAUGCUGAUCCUGAUGAGGUUGAAAAGGUUGUAAAAGGCUGGCCAUUCCAAGAUAAAGAGGAGUUGUUCUAA